UCUGCGGCAACAUGGGGCUGAGCCCGCGCUGGCGGCGGCUGCGGCUGCCGCGCUUCCAGGCCUGCGGGCUGCGCACGGCAGCCGUGCCCGCCGGCCCGCACUGGCUGGCGGAGCGCUCGGGCCUCUUCGAGGCGCUCUGGGCCGCGCAGGGCGAGCGGCUCGCGGGCCUCGCGCGGACGGAGCCGCGCAGGCUGCGGGUGGCCCUGCCCGACGGCCAGCAGGUGCCCGCCGAGGCCUGGCGCACGACCCCCUUGCACGUGGCGCGGCGGAUCAGCGCCGAGCUCGCGGACUCGGCGGUGGCCGCAGAAGUGGACGGUCAGCCCUACGACCUGCAGCGGCCCCUGGAGAAGGACUGUCAGCUCCGCUUCCUGACCUUCGAUUCCGCGGAGGGGAAAGCGGUGUUCUGGCGCUCCAGUGCCCAUGUCCUGGGGGCAGCGGCAGAGCGACUGCUGGGGGCCACCCUGUGCCACGGCCCGAGCACAGACUGCGGCUUUUAUCAUGACUUUUUCCUGGCGGCGGAGCGGACAGUCCGGGGCUCGGAGCUUCCGGAUUUGGAGCGGAUCUGCCAGGAGCUGGUGGCCGCAGCCCUUCCCUUCCGGAGACUUGAAGCCACCCGGGCUCAACUCCACCAGCUCUUCAAGGAUAACCCUUUCAAGCUCCAGCUGAUCGAGGAGAAGGUGACGGGCCCAACGGCGACAGUUUACGGGUGCGGGAUGCUGGUUGAUCUUUGUCGGGGCCCCAACCUUCGGCACACUGCGCAGAUCGGAGGUCUGAGGCUGCUUGCGAACUCCGCAUCCCAGUGGCGGUCCUCGGAUGCCGCCACUCCCCUGCAGAGAGUGUCCGGGAUCUCCUUCCCCACUGCCGAGGCGCUGAGGGCCUGGGAGGAAGAGCGGGAGAAGGCCCAGCUCCGGGACCACCGGCGCAUAGGGAAGGAACAGGAGCUCUUCUUCUUCCACGAACUCAGCCCCGGCAGCUGCUUCUUCCUACCUCGAGGGACCAGAGUGUACAAUGCGCUGGUGGCCUUCAUCCGGGCUGAGUAUGCCCGCCGUGGCUUCUCGGAGGUGAAGACCCCCAUGCUCUUCUCCACGAAGCUCUGGGAAGUGUCGGGGCACUGGGCACAUUACCAGCAGGACAUGUUCGCCCUGCAGCCCCCCAGCACGCAGGGCGCCCCCCCAGACACUCUGGCCCUCAAGCCCAUGAACUGCCCGGCACACUGCCUGAUGUUCGCCCACCGGCCCAGAUCCUGGCGGGACCUGCCCCUGCGGCUGGCGGACUUCGGGGUCCUGCACCGGGCAGAGGCGUCGGGGGGCCUGGGGGGCCUGACGCGGCUUCGCUGCUUCCAGCAGGACGAUGCCCACAUCUUCUGUGCUCCCGAGCAGCUGGAAGCAGAGAUCCGAGGGUGUCUGGAUUUCCUCCGUUCCGUCUACAUGGUCCUGGGCUUCUCCUUCCGUCUGGCACUCUCCACCCGGCCGGCCAAUUUCCUAGGGGACCCCGGCUUGUGGGAGCAGGCAGAGCAGGUCCUUCAGCAGGCCCUGGAGGAGUUCGGGGAGCCCUGGACCCUCAACCCCGGGGACGGGGCCUUCUAUGGGCCCAAGAUCGAUGUCCACCUCCACGACGCCCUGGGCCGGCCUCACCAGUGCGGGACGAUCCAGCUGGACUUCCAGCUGCCCCUGAGAUUUGACCUGCAGUAUACGGGGCAAACGGGGGCGCCGGAGCGUCCAGUCCUCAUCCACCGCGCAGUGCUGGGCUCUGUGGAGAGGAUGCUGGCCGUGCUGGCCGAGAGCUGCGCGGGCAGAUGGCCUCUGUGGCUGUCCCCCCUGCAGGUCGUGGUCAUUCCUGUGGGACCCGAGCAGGAGGAAUAUGGCAGAGAGGUCCAGCAGAGCCUGAAAGCAGCGGGGCUGGUCGCUGACCUGGAUGCUGACCCGGGCCUGACCCUCGGCCGACGGGUGCGCCGGGCCCAGCUGGCCCAGUACAAUUUUCAGUUUGUGGUCGGCGCGAAGGAGCAGGCCCACGGGACAGUGAACAUCCGCACCCGGGACAACCGCCGGCUGGGGGAGCGCGAGCUGGCCGCGGCACAGCAGCGGCUGCUGGAGCUGCAGGCCUCCAGGGUCCCCGACGCCGAGGACGUCUUCUGAGCCUGCAGGCAGGACGGGAAGGCUGCAGAGGCGCCCGCCCAGCUGCCCCUGCGCCCAGCCCUGCCUGGGGGAGAGAGUGCAAUCAGCUGUUUGGGAAGGAAGUGGAA